GGGGGAGGCCGUGCUCCCGCGGCACUACUUAAAAUUUUACCUGGGGCCGCAAAAUUGAAUAAUCUGUCACGCAACAGCAUUUUUUUAUCUGCCCUGCUUUAAUGGUAGACGAGCCUCACAGGCCCAACUCAAGAUCUGACCUACGGACACCCAAAACGUUAACUGAUAAAGCCAAAGAAGCCCACAAGCGAGCAGUAAAGUCAGCAUUCAAAAAUAUACAAGCUGUCGAAAAUGAGAUUGCUCAAAUAGCAAGUUCGGCAAGACUACUGGCACUAAAUGGACAAAAUGGCGACUUUCGAGAUAGCGAUUUACCCUUCAAUUCUCGCAAUCGGGAUACUGGAAAUGGCAGCUCAUCCUCAGCAAGACACAGCAACCGACAGGAUAGAGCGCCAGGAUUUUCUGACAUCGAUCUGUCGACGAAGAAGGACGUGUGGGAACAAAAAAUCCAAUUACACAUCCGAUUAGCUAACAGAUAUUUGGACUUGAUCAAAUUGGAUUAUGCCUUUUCCGAAAAGAAGAGCCUUGAGAGCUUAUGUUGGAAGCGUGCAAUAUAUUCUUUGGUGGAACAAUUUCGACAAGCUCUCAAGGUCUGUGCGAAAAGAGGUCGGGCACGCAAGGAAGAGGAUAGCGACACCAGCAUGCUCAUUGAAGUUGAUUCCGACGAAGACGACAUUUCAGCAACAUCCAAUUCUACUAAAAUUCGCAGUGGUGUAUCGGGUGAUAUUGACUCUGCACGCGAAGAAUAUAUCAUGAUGAAAUUGCUGUUUAACGACUUCUUAAUCCAAGCUGAUGAUUUCUACGAACGACUGAUGGAAGCUGUCUUCGAACUGGAAAGCAAAGAUAGCAGAGCUACUUACGACGUAGCACCUGCUUGGACUGGACACAAACGACGGAAAUGGUUCAAGAGUGUGCCAAAUCGCGGUGACUUGGCACGAUACCGUUGGAGCUUUACUACUGAUGCAAAAGCAGAUUAUGACAUUGCUACGAAAUUCAGAAUUGCCAACAAUAAGCCCAUCAAUCGAGAAGAUGCUAGAAGGAUUGCCUGGAAGUGGUAUACUUUAGCCAGCUGGCUUAUGCCAAAUGCGGGAAAACCUUUCUUCAAUUUAGCACUACUGAUGCAUGGUCAAAAUUCUUUGGAAGCAUGUCACAAAUUAUAUCUGAAUAUCUGCAGUUUAAUUGUACGACGCAAUCCGUUCAUGAAUGGAAGAGAAGGCAUACUGGCUUUACUUGAAGAAAAUCGACAAUGGGUCACAGAGUAUACUAAAUCCACUCAAGCAACAAACCACAGACGACAUAAAGCACAACGCGAAAUGCCGGCCAGCCAGUCAAACAAACAAAAUAAUCCAAAUAAUGACAGCUCUGAAGCUUUGGAUCAAAAAUCUAAAUCUGACCAUCUUAUCAUCUCGCUAUUCAUUCGUCUACACGGUAUGAUGUUCACCAAAAUUGGCCUUGAUCAAUUCAAGGAAAUUCGCAGACGAUUCUUUGAAAGCCUCUUUCCGAACAAUCGUGUAGCCCUUCAUGAAUAUUCUUCACCACCCUCCGAACGCAAAGGAUUGUCGGGGACAGAGCAGUUUUGGAUGGAACUUGCUAUAACCAAUCUAGCCAGUAUAUACCACUACAAUUACCCAACAUCUCGAUUGGGUAAACUCACAUCCGAAGCUUUCAGAAUUUUGUUUGAUUCACAGUCUCGAUCUACCAACGAUGAUGAAAAUCAAAACAUAUCACAGGAAAUCAAUCUGCCGGAGAGUAAUGACAUGAAACGUACGACGAGCGUAGCAGAAUCUCCAGACGAGAUGGUACGUUUACUACAGGAAGACGAAAUAUUUUCAAAUGGAAUUGAUCUAUCAAUACAAGUUGCUGUGGAGAUGCUUUCUCGCUAUAAUGCCAACCAUGAAAUGAACAUCGCAACACCAUUGCUUCCACCUUUCCCUGUCACUGUCGUUUCAUUUGCCAGUCAUGAAAAGAACCCAUGGUGGAUUGAUGCGAUCACGCCACGGCCAGAGAGUGGACGUCAUCAAGAAUCAUGGCUCGUUUAUAUACAUGUCAUCCUGCAAUGGCUCACUCUUAGUUUUGUUGUCUAUCGUUGUGACCAUUCUGGUCACCGUCGGCAGAGCUUUUGGGAACGCAUCAUUGGACCAAUCUAUCUUUUGGAAGGAAUUGGAAGUCGACAGCAUAACAAAUCUGUGAGCAAGCUUCAAAGCAGCAAAGUUUCUGAAGCAUUUUGGACUUUCGGACAUUGAAGAGAACGACGAAACAGCCCGUUUGACCUAUUUGUUACAAUCAGCUAUGACACUGCCGGUACUGCCAGAAGAAGCGACCCUUAAAGGCCUCGGAUGGGUUGAAGAUGCCAUCAAUAGGGUCAGCAAAUCAACACCGGCCGUUGAAGCCCUGAAUCACUUCAAUAACAUCAUGCCCAACGAUGUGGGGCUGCAAAGAAAAGUUCGAAUUAUAUGCUAUGCCUUUGUGCUCCACCAGGUACGAUGGGUUUUUAUUCUGGUUGAUUUAGA